AAGUGUCUUCUCAUUUGAUGUAUCUUCAGACCCACUGCAUGCUUGUAGUAGUGCCAUCAUGUCCCAACAAGGCGCCGCUCUGCAGAGCUACAACAAUGAACUAGUGAAGUGCAUCGAAGAACUGUGCACUAAGAGAGACGAACUGCAGAAGCAGAUAGUGAGCGAGGAGGAGGAGAAGAGCAAACUGCAGAACGACAUCCGACUGUUGAGUGAGAAGCUGGCCAAGUUGAACGAGGGACUGGCCAAGAAAAUAGCUGCUAGAAAUGAGUUCGACAGAACUAUACAGGAAACAGAGGCGGCAUACAUCAAAAUUUUGGAGAGUUCACAAGUGCUGCUUAAUGUGCUGAAGAAAGAAAGUGCAUCUAUGAAAUGAGUUGACCAGCUUCUCCCAUUUUAGAAGAACCCUCACUCAGCUUAGAUUUAAAAACUUCGUGGCCUUUAGCAUGUAAAUACGUGUACAGAUGUUUCGAUUUGAUUGUUUGUAAUUUACAGUUCUUUUCUUA